AGUUUUCCUAUUUUGUUAAAUUACUGGUCUUUCAAUCAUCUAUUUCUUAAAUUGCUAUUCAUAUCCAAUUAGUUCAUUUUUCCGUGAAUAGAUGACUGAUCAUUAACCUGACUUCAAGUAAGAAAACACGACUCUAUCAUUACCCAAGUAACCUGAAUUUUGCAAACAAGCGACCAGCUGAUGAAACAACUGUUCCUGACUUUCUACAGUCUGUUUUACUCUUCACAUGAGUCAGCUUGUUAUCUGUUUAUUUAAUUUAAUUCCUGGUUCUUUUUGAUAUUUCCCAUUGUAAUAUGAUUGAAUUAUCUUUUAUUUGUCCUAAAUAAUUUUAGAACUAUACUAAUAGUAGCCCUUUCUCCCUAUGAUCUGCAAUAACUACAAAAUCUUUUUUCUAAGCAACUCUUAAAACAUUUCUCUAUGAUAUUUUCUUGCUUAUCCUAUGAUUGUUGUUUGAAUCUUUGUUUUCUCUAUUGACCAUCAACUUCAGUGAUUAAACUAUAGUUUAUUGAGUGAACAUUUAUUCAAUAUUUAUGUCAUUUUUAUCAUGUGAUACGUAAACGCCUAUAUCUGGGUGGAUAGGAAUUCAGGCUACAAUCAACUUUACCUUCCUUGUCAACAUUAUGUGAAUCUCAAUUCCCCAAAUUUGGACAUCCAAUUACCCAGCUGAUUUAUAAGUUUUUGUUCUGCAAUCAAGUUGGAUGAAAUCAACUAGGCGCUACAAACCUUUAUACAAAGAUGAUAAAACUGUUUUACUCAGUUUCACCAAUCUAGCUAUUUUUAUAUCUUCUCUGCCUCUUGGUGGUUUUAUAUUUUGUGUAAUCUGGUCUCUUUUAUUUAAUUUUACCGAGUCAACUUCAACCCAUUGUCAUGUCACCAAUUAUCUACCAUCAAUUAGUGCAGCAGUUGGCUCCUAUUCACCUCAAAAAUAUAUUUGGAGGAUUUGUAUCGCUAUACACUCAGCGCCAAGGUACUUGGUAGCUUAUAUGUAUUAUUCAAUAGUCCAUUAUUCCCUAUUUAUUUUCAUGCUUAAUCUGGUCGAAGUCUCAAGUUUAAUUGGAUUAACAUUCAUUUCAUCGACUGAAAAUCACACUUUACAUGCUUUAAAUUUCGCACUCUUCAUUAUCACUGGAUCUGUUGGAAUGACUUCGGCGUCCAAUUUCUCAUACAAGUCAAGAAAAAUCAAGAAUAUAAUGAAAUAUAUUAACCUGAUCUCAAUUGGAUUGGCAAUCUUUUUCUAUUACAAACAUAAUUGGUUCUGUGAACCUGGUAUUUAUACAUUAUUUGCUCUAAGUGAAUACGUAGUCGUCUUAACAAAUAUAGCUUUCCAUUUUCAAGCCUAUCAUGACUUCAAAGAUUACGAUAUUAUUUUAAUUAAUCGUCUGUCUUUGGCUCAAUCUUAAAGUGCUAUUUUCCUUAAUACCGGCUACAAUGAAACAGAGAAUUCAAUAAUCUCGAAUCUCACGAUCCUUAUCGAUUAUCAUGAGUUCAUAUUCGAGUUUCAUCAACUUGCAUAUACAUGAUGUGUAACUCAUUUUGACUGCAUAUUUAUAUCUCAAUGUUUAGGUAAUUAAAACAUUAACUUAAAUAAAAUCUAACCAAUUAAUCUAGCUAAA